UUGUUCAAAACGUGCUUGAGAGUAAAACUUUGACACUAAUCAACAAAACAGACAAAUCACAAUAUUGUUAUAAAUAAGUCUACUUUACGAGUAAGUAAAGAGGAAAAAGGCAUUGCAAAACGUUAAAAGUGCAAGAUGCACAUUGCAGUCAAGCUAAAAACCAGUAAAGUGAACCAAUCAAAAUUUAAACUUCAAAUUCGUUAUUUUUAAGGGAAGGUGGACCAAUCAUAACUCGGCGGUUACGAAAAUACAGGGUGUUACUAUACUGUUGUCACAUUCGUUCAGUAUAAAGUGUUGCCUAUACAUCUGUGCGGGUGACUCAGUUUGACCGUAAUUUCAUUAUUCCCAAUUUUUCUUUUUCUGUACCAUCUUGUUAUUAAAGCUUGGUGUUAGAUUCUAAUAAUUGUGUAUACCUAAGAAUGGGAUCUGGUUUUGAGAAUCAGGAGGGACAGCAAGGUAAUGGGCCGAUCUCUGGGCAGACACAUAGCUAUGGGGAAAUUGAUGUAAGACUGUUUAUCCUUGUACACAAUCUGUUCAGGCAAUGGAAACAAUUGGUAGAUGAAAGACGGACAGAUUUACCCAGGUAUUAGUACUAAAAUAAUACUAAAAAUAGACAUAUGUCAUUAUUGUUUUCAUGAUCUACUGCUUGAAUAGAAGAAAAAAAUAGUUGUUUUCUCCGUAAACUAUAAACUAUAAUGAACGUGCAAAAUCCAUUUGCAUAUUCCUUCCUCCGUACCCAUCUUGUAUGUGGAGGGUGGCUCCCAAAAGGGCGUGUCCCGAAGUGACGGAUAUUAGGAGGAUGGCCCUGUGAAUGAUCUAAUAAGACACAGAGGGUUAUUAAUGCGUAAAUGGGAUGCGCACAGGACACAGACAAAGCUGUUAGAGGCCAAGGACUUUGCACGAAGUAGAACGGCGCCGUCUUGGUACUGAUCUACUUCAAAUCAGCCAUGGCGGGAAACCCGAUAAAAUAACAGAGGGUGUUGCUCCUCGCUCCUCUAAGCGCACCAUCCUUUGGACCUGGACCUACUUGGUGCUUCGUCAGAUACAGCAGUUGCGUCACAUUGUGCGGAGUCACAAAAUCCAGAUGAAGCUGCAAGUAUGCUGCGUGAGGCUAUGUGGUCCAAAUCCAGAUGAAUGUUAGGCUCCCCAACAUGAGCGCUGCUGCAAGGCAACGGUACCGUUGGCUGAGGCAACAUGGCCUCAAGUAGCCGAGCAAGCCGUCUAGCAGCAUGUAUAGAAGAGAGAACAAGGUAACUCGGACAAAGGGAAGAAAAGGUCCCGCAGUCCGACGAUAUAUCGCAUCCGAGGCUGCCCAGACAAGGAAGCGAUCACGCAGAGAGACGACAGGUUCAAGUGGGAGUACGUUUCCACAGCUAGGACUCUGUCAAUCUCUCUACAACCCAUAAACAGGCUACAGAUGGUAAAAAAAGGUAGGGAUUCUGCCUGGCAGGUAUCCGGCGAGGGGAACCUGUCACUACAGAUGAACUUAAAGCACUUCAGGAGAGUAUCCUUGGAACCUGAGGAACGGUGUGUCCUCCAACGUGGCUGGUUGCUGGUCAACUGUGCUGAUGACACCACCGCAGAAUGGCUCAAAGGAGUGGCGUCAAGCAUCAAGUCAUGGGAAGGUUCCAAAGGCGACUAUUGUGAACGCCUAUUUUAGUUUUUAGGAGUCUUUGAAGAAGGAAGGUCUUUAACGCUAUUGAACCGGUUUUCUAGUUUCUUAAGGGAUUCAAAAAAUUGUAAACAGUCUUUAAGAGCGAUCAAGAGUUGUCCACGCGCCCUACAUUACAAAGAAAUUUUUCAGAGCUCUGUGGUUUUAAGAGGCUGUUUAAAUGUGUGAUAGGAAUAAAAUGAAAAAUUCAAAGAAAAUUAAGAAUCUAAACCGUUCAUGUGAAUAAGAUGCUUUUGAACGAAAGAAUUCCAUGAAUCUGAAAAACUUGAAGGAAGUAAAUGAUCAGAAGAAUUUGAGUGAAGAAUCCAAAGUAUACGAAUGGUUCGAAGAAAUUGCAAGAAUCUGAAGGGUCCGAAGAGUUUCUUGAAAAUGCGAUACCCAAUUGAAAGUUCACUAAAAUUCAAAAAUCGAAAAGGUAAGGAAAAAUCUAAAUCGUCUCAAAAAGCAAAACAACGUGAAAUAUCUUAAGCGUAGGGAGAAUUUGGAGAAUUCUACCUCGAAAAAAUCGCAACGACUACACAAAUAUAAUGUUUGCGCAUUUACAAUACAUUAAACAAGAGAUACUUAUGAACAGCUUUGUAUACAGUGGACACUUGACAACGUUGCUUUCUUUGAAUUUGAAAAGUAGGUGAAAGGCAGAGACAUGUCUCUGGUGAAAGGACAACUUCACAGUGUCAAAAACGUCUAACUUCGUUGGUGAUAAAAUGGCAGUUGAAAGGAAUACAAGUUUUUAGUUUUACAAUUUUAAAGAAAAGGUGGACGUGUUUUAAGUACUCAUUUAAUGAUGUAAAAUUAAGAAAUGUCUAUACGCCCAACGACAGAUCAGUUAAUUACAAAAAGUGCUUACUACGUGUCAUAGAAAUAUUGAAGGUGACAUAUGCAAGUAUUGACAAAUUUUCCUAAAUUUGGUUGUAAAAAGUCAGCAUGUCGAAUAUUAUACCACCUUUGCUAAGUAGUUCACCGCCUCCAAUGGUCGGUACAAUUUCACUGGAUGACGACGACGAAUUCGGUACCUUUACCAUGGCGGCAGACUUGCAUUCUGAUGCUGAUGUUACAGUUUCGUCACCGACCUGCGAAUUACCUAUUCCAAAAAUAGACAGUAUUGAAGAGGAGUUGGACAGAAGAAAAGGCGAAAACGGAUUAGACGAAUGCGUUACCAAAUAUAAUAGUUUUCAGUAUUACCCCGAUAUUCCCCCUGAUAUAUCGUCCAAAGUAUGCGAUUUAGACGAGGAUGAUAAAGAAAUUAGUGAAAUAUUAGAGACUGAACUUUCUAAUUGCACAGUCGUAAAUGAUAUUAAACCAGUAGAUGUAGAUGCGAGUUCUCCUCACUCGGAGGGCGAUUUUGCCGAUUUUGACGUGUACAAGCAGGAUGACGAGAUUUUUGAAGGCACAUCGGGUUUGGCUAGUCUGAAUGUAGAGCCCGAAAUUCCUGAGGACAAAGUCGAUGAGGAAUUUGGGGAUUUCAAUGAUUACUCGGUACAAAGUAGUUGUAGUGUUGAUUGGCCUUCUAACCUGGACGAUACUGUUAAAGUUAUGUUUCCCACAUUGGAAAACAUCACCGAAGAAUUCGUAGACGAGGAUAUCACUAGUGCUAAUGUGAUUUUUGUACAAUUAAAAGAUAUUACCGAUACGCCCGCGUUAUCGUAUCAAUGGAGUAAGUCUAGCAGUCAAAGUUGUUUGCUGCAAGCCUUAAAUAUCGACACCCGAAAUAUUUUGUAUGGACCACGGUGGAACGAGUCAAUGCCACGUUACGCCGCAACUUUAGGCUACGCGCCAUUGCAACCGGUCAAAUCCGACGGUCCCUCCGGCGCAGACGUUGCCAACGAGUCGGUUCAACCCGCCGAAAUUCCGUCCGCCGAAUUCGAUUGGGUGGGGUCAGGUCUUGUAAAUCCGCUCGAAAAUUCCCCAGCUAGUACAAUGCUAUUAGAUUUAGAACAGUUGGUAGCGUCAUUAGACAUUCAGUACUCUUCAAGUCAGUCCCCUAAUUCGUUUUCUAACGUCGAUGAUUUAGACGAUUGGGAAUUUUGGUUGAGACUCACCCCACCCAAGGUGGAAAAACCACAAUUAAAUAAUGGCACAGCUCAACACGCAAACGAGUCAAUUACGCAAACAAAACUGGAAUCAAAUAACACUAAUAUUCCGGUAGAAGUUUUCGAUAAAGCUGAAACCGAUUUUGACGAUUUCCAUUGUUUUCAAUCCGGUAAGGUGGAAGAACCGGCUUAUGACAGUUGGCCAAUGUCGCUGCGUGAAACGCAUAUUUCCAAUGUAAAAUUGGACGAUCCUAGUUGGCUACAGCCUACAAUUUUGACACCUGAAUUACCACGAAAGGAGUUGCGGAAUGGAGACGAAUUCGCUAAUUUUCAAUCGGGAACUUCUGAGUCUGUACAAGACGCUAGUGAACCGCCGACAAGUCGGUCCGAUAUUGCAGCAUCAGAUAUACUGGACCCUUGCAAGUUGGAACCGAUCAGUAACACAGAUACAUCAAUUCCCGUUGUGCCAGAGGACGAUGACGAAUUUACCGAGUUUCAAUCUACAAGCUGUUUACCACCGACUGAACCUGCGAUCUGCGAACCACUACAACCUUCCAUUCUUCAACCUGUCAAGAUUGAGAGCCAACAGCCUUCGGCGGCAUCUACAACAAUAAACUGGCCAGAUCCUGGAAUUACAGAAGAAGAUUUGCAACGGUUCAGUUUAUAUAAACCAGCGGCUAAAGAGCCUGUAGUUGAAAGUGACAAAAAAGCUGAAGAAGACGAUUGGAGUGACUUUGUCUCAAACCAAACGGAACAAUUAAACAACUCGCACCUCAAUCAGUCGGUACAAAAUGGCUUUCAAUCAACCUUGGUCUCAAAUCAGUACGUCGUGUUUGCAUCAAAGCCCGACGAGGUUGAAGAGGAAUGGAAUGAUUUUGUUUCCAGUGAACCUCCUCCUGCCCCCCCAGUUUUCACUAGACCACCACGCACCUCGUUACCCAAGCUGAAUCUCGACUGGAACAGUCCGCCACAGUUUUCCAGUUGGUCGUCGAGCAUCGCACCGAACAUAAUUGCAAACCCCACUUCUUUUGAAUCCUUCCAAAGCUUCACAACUUUCGAUGGUGACCUACUCAAAAAUCGGAUAGCCAACAAAAAAACUCCCAACAUUCUGGUACAGCCGAAAAUGAACGCGGUACCGAGUAUAUCGACGAUACCGGAUUUGGAAUUUAUCGCACCGAAGAAUCGAACCUGGAAAAAAUGACUAAAAGAGCAGGUCAUGCUGUGAACCAAGGAGUAUUAUUUUAGUACACUGUUUUCUGUAAUUUAUUUAAUUCCGACUUGUGAUCCUAAGGCGAAAAUAAUGCGUUUGGCAUCUUGUUAGUUCUUAAGAACGAAAAUAAUUGUAGUUUUCGAAUAAUCUGUGGUUUUGUGAUAAAUUGUUAAAUUACGUUUUGGAA